AGUAUCUGGACUUUCUGCCUCCAGCUGUGGAUCUAGAACAGUGUCAUGCAGCAGGAGCAAGAAGGCAGUUACUGUCGCGCAUGGCCAGCUUCCAAGUGUAAGGAGAAAUCACGGACAAUUGAACACAAGAUGCUGCUGAUGGGAGUAACAAAAAGGAUUCUGAGCAGACUUUUAGGAUGUAUCUGCAUGUAGCAAAAGGAAGAUGCCUCCACUCCAGUAUGUAGCCUUUGUCUUUGCAGAGCAAGGUCAGGUACGGCACAUGGACUUGGCACGAGCUGGUUACUGAAGUGCGGGUUAAGGGUGGGUUCACAUCCGGCCCCUGGUAGCGCUAUGCACUGGGGCUGUUGACUCGCUCUGAGAUCCUCAGUGUUGUUACCUGUCCUCGGUACGCUGAGGUCAGCAGAGGGCGGGCAUACACCGGUGUUCGGACCUGACUGAAGGACAAAUCGUAGCUGCUUCAGUUUUACCCCCUACACUGAGUCUGGGUGACUGCUGCGCUGUUAGGCAGUACCCUCCUGGAGAAGGUGGGUAGCAGUGCAUGUCUGAGCCCCAUUAGCAUCUUAACACGUACUCUCCACUACAAAACCCCUUUGCUGCCCUCUCCGCUCGGUUCUGCGGUGCAGGUGGCCGCAGCAGCGUGUGGAGCAGCCGGGCGGGGCGGGAGCAGCUCCGCGCCCCCCGCUGGGCAGCGGCACCCAAGGUGGGGGCCCGGCGGGGCUGGGCUGGAUCCCGCGGGGCGGGAGGAGGGAGGGAGGCAGGGGGAGGCCUACCCGCGCCCCGCCGCUCUCCUCCGGGCACCGGAGGACCGGGACCGGGUGGACUCUGGCGCGGCCGCUGCCUCGGGACGGGCCAGAACGGGACGGGGCUGCCGGGGUGAACCCGCUCCUCAACCUCGCAGAAAAGUCUUUCAACAGGACAUAAGGAUGAAGCGGUUCAUGGCCAUGUUAAACAGGAAUAAAAACAAGGAUCCCCCGCCUGCCAAGCUGCUGGAUCUAGCAGGACAGCUUUGCCAGGAUCUCCAGAGCUCAUUUCCUAGUCUGGAGAAGCUGGUUGGGGCCAUGAUGGGAUGCAAGCACAAGAUGUAUUUUCUCACUAACAUCCAUGUUGUCCAAGCUUGCGUGUUUGUUCAUAUCCAGAAAGGGCAGCAUGACACAGCCUGCAGACUGCUGGAGUAUAGCAAGGCAGAACAGAAGGAGAAGCUGGUGCAACUUUGGCAUGAGAUUCACUACCGGAGGGUAAUGGAGCAACAUCACACAGAUUUUCUGACACCGCUGCAGAAGUUCCGUUGCAGGAAGAGGAAUCCUCCACCUAUUUCCCUUUGUCCUGAAGGUUUGAAGAAUCGAAACCAUUCAGAUGAAGUGCGCCAGCGACUGCACAGGUUUGCUGCAGAGGUGACAACAAAUCCAAACAAGAAACAGCGGGAGGGACUGGCUCGGGACAUGAACCUGCAGCCAACUCAGGUCUACAACUGGUUUGCAAAUUACCGACGGCGUCAAAAAUCUGGCCUCCCUCGUACGGAAAAGCAAAACAACUCAUGUCCUGAGAGGGCUCUGGCUUAUCCCACAGUGCAGCAGCAGGACAGAGGAUUCUAUGCUCCACAGACUGCAGAUGGACCUUAUGUAGGCAUCGGCUCUGAGCAAAUGGAGAGAACUCUCAUGACCUGUGACCCAGGGUGGGACCAGUCAGCUGCAGAUCUGGAUAAGCCUCCUGAGGGAACAUAUUUAAAGAUGCUGGAAUCCAGCUUUAUGCCGAGCAGUGAGCUGUAUGAAGCGAGGACAAACAAGGCUUUCUUGACCACCCACAGCACUGAACAAACUGUAUCAUUUUGCCCUGAGGCUAUGCUGGAACCAGGAACCUGCUUUAACCCUGCUGUCCUGCAAGCCAGAGAAGCAGCAAGCAGUGCUGAUACCAACCCCCAGCUGGGUAACUUUGUCCUGUGCCCCUGUGGAUCCCUUACCUUCCCAGAUGAACGGCUGGCCAUGUGGCAGGCCCCUUGCAGCACCGGAGGAGUCUCUGGCUCUAUGUGGACCCCAAGUAUAGAAGCAGGUAUCAGAGCUCCCUUGAGCAGAGUCCCUCAAGGUGGCUGUAUUGAGGCCAGUUCAGGAAGAAUCAUUCAGCAGUCAGAUUUAGAGCUUGAAAGCUUCAUCCUUAGAGAAGGACAGCUAGGGACCCUGGAGUCUGUUCUUCCCCACAGUUACUGUCACUCUGUGUUUGGCAAGCCUCAGUGUCCACCUGUUUCUGCACCCUGCAUGGAAGAAAGCCAAGCGUUGGGACAAAGCCAGGUCGUGGAGGAUCCGGUUGGCAACCCGUUAACCAACGACACGUUCUGGGCAGCGUGGCUGCUCUUUGAAUUCUCAGCCAGUGGACGAAUGUGACCCGCCUGCAGAGAUGUUCAAUGUGGUCUGCACUUCCCUACGAAACACCCCAUCCUUUCCCCAUACUUUUUUUGGCAUGAAUGAGGGGUUUGGCAUGGAGAUGAACAGAGAGUGAGGUAGAAAGAUAAUGAAGGUCUGUUGUAAUGGUUGCAAAGUUUGGUUUUGUUACAGUUUGGUUAAGAGUUUUGCAAAGGAUAGAAGGCACGAAAGGUGCAUUGUGGACUGCAGGUUUUGACUAGAGCAGGCUGAAGCUGCACUGCAGAUGAUAAAAAUAUCAAGUCGCUGGUUCUGUGGCGGUUAAGUAUUUCUACCCAUAGCACUGGUCAGAUCAGAGUCGUUCAUUACAUGAUGAAGGUAAAUGAAGCUCCUGUACUCAGAAAGAGUAAAACUGAGUUUUAUUGCCUGGCAGUGGGUAUUGGGUAACUUCUUCUCAGGCCUGGAAGGUAAAGUAUCAGCUUAGUGCUGGUAAAAUACUGCUAUUUCUCAUCCCUGCAUCUCGGUGGUAC